CUGUAUGUUCUGUCAGUGUGUUGCUGCUACGUGAAUGUCAAAAAUACCAAGUAAUCCCGAAUUCUGACCGUAAAUUAUGCAUUUCUUUAUAGACUUUUCGCCCUAAAACCGUCAGAAUCAGUAAAUUCAUUACGUUGGAUCACGUUCCAGGUUAAGGGUGUUUUUAACCGUGGCAUGCCGACAGAACCGGUGAGACGCGUCUAUGGCCGAGCAAGUUGAUUCUUCAUCUCUGUUUGGGGGCGUGUCUAGUACAGCUGCUGCUAAUUUAUCGUCAAGUAAUACGACAGCGCACUCCAGUGAAACAAUCUUCUCCACGAGCGGGAGGAGCGAGCAAGGGGGGAGUGAAUCUGAAAGAGGCAGAAAAAGGCAUCGUGAGGACCCACCCAAGGCUGUUGAGAAAUCUAAACGGGCUCGUGUCAGCUCUGUGGACAAGAGGAGUGAAUGCGGGAGACAAACAGUCACGGAAGUCCCUACUCCAGUGGCUAAGCCACGAAGUCGUGGUCGCCCGCCGUCUUCUGCUGCUGAGAGCACAGCAGGCUCGUCAAAGCUUCGCAAGCCGUGGAAUUCUGGCACAAGCUCGAAGGCAACAGUGUCUGGCUGGAGUGCCAUCAGCAUUCCAGAAGUCCCCAAACCUAAAGAGGCAAAAUCACAGUCCCGCAAGCUUCUCCUAACAUCUGGUGGUCCAUUCACAGUCAAAAAAGUUGCUCAGAACACGUCUGCUCCCAGCGCACGUACCAGCUCUGGCAAGAGAGCUGUCUGUGAUCAUCAGUAUUCCUCUUCUUCCUCUACUUUAGAUCUAGAUUCUGUAGCUGAGGCAACCCCAUCGACAACAAAAAGUAGUCUACGCAACCAAUCUGCCACUGCCAAAAAGGAGCCACAGAGGUGCCCAACUGCUUCUUCUAAACGCUUGCUCCGCAUCCUGAAUUCAAGUCACACUGCAGUUUCUUUGGGUAACCCUGAAUUGCCAAGCGAGCAACCAUUGCCAGCCUCUGUCAAAUUCCAAUCGUCAACUUCGACCUCAGCUGGCAGUUUUACACACUUUUCCAUUUCUACAAACCAUCCCGCCUCUAAGAAGAAACAUUCUAGAACUUCUGCUUCAGGUGCAGAAAAUCCUUCUACAUCUAGCAGUGGCACUACUGUAUGUAAAUACCCUCUACGUAGCCAAACAAAAGCAAGCAGCUCUAUUGCCCAACCUACCGCACCGUCCACAAGUAGCUCCAGUAAAUCCAAAACGUCUUCUAAGAAACCAAAAGUUUCUCAUACCGAUAACCUGGGCGGAAGUCAGUCAAACUAUCACACUCGAGAGGCACAACCCUCUCCCUCUCCCCAAACGCGACGAAGUACGCGCUCACAGGCUUCUUCAAAAUCAACAACGGGGUCCUGUGCUAGCACGAGUCGCCGCUCUUGCCGAGUAAAGCAGCCAUUGGCUGGAGGGUGCGAGAGUGAAGAGCAAGGACGAGGAAUGUCCACACCUGCCGAGCAGCAAGAUGGAGGUGCAACUGCGUCGGCUCAGCCUCACCAUGUCAACACGACCAACUCGUCCACUGCUAACACAACAGCCACCAAUGAAACGGCUGGUCAUGCACCCUCGGUUUUAAUGGCGAAUGUGGUUGGAGGUGUGACAGACAGCGAAAGUGAAGAUAGCGAAGUAGGACGUCUUCAAGUUUUGCUGGAAGCACGUGGACUCCCACCUCAUUUUCUACCUCGUAUGCAGCACCUCCUUCACCGUAGCAUGGGUGCUAAUUCCUCUGCCACCAGAGCUCAACAAUUGCUGAACAGUCUGCAAGCUAUAGGUGACGAAGGCCAGCAACUUCAAGCUGUGAUAGAAAUGUGUCAAAUGUUGGUCAUGGGGAAUGAAGACACUCUAAAUGGUUUUCCAGUCAAACAGGUUGUCCCAGCACUAGUCACAUUACUAUCCAUGGAACAUAAUUUUGAUAUGAUGAAUCAUGCUUGCCGUGCUCUGACAUACAUGAUGGAAGCUUUACCACGCUCCUCAGCUGUUGUAUUGGAUGCUGUGCCCGUUUUUCUAGAAAAACUUCAAGUUAUUCAGUGCAUGGAUGUCGCAGAACAGAGUCUGACUGCUCUUGAAAUGCUGUCCAGACGCCAUAAUAAAGCCAUCUUACGAGCUCGAGGAGUAGCGGCUUGCCUCAUGUAUCUCGACUUUUUCUCAAUAAAUGCCCAAAGAGCAGCUUUGGCUGUAACAGCGAACUGUUGUCAAAACCUGCACACAGAGGAAUUCCAUUUUGUUUCGCCCUCAUUGUCUUUUCUGGCCAACCGUCUAGCUCUUCAGGAUAAAAAAAGUGUGGAAAGUGUAUGUUUAGCAUUCAGUCGGCUUGUCGAAAGUUACCAAUCAGACUCUGCCAAGUUAAGAGAAAUAGCCAGUACGCAACUAUUAACAAAUCUCCAGCAGUUGUUGGUUGUUGUCCCUCCUGUCAUCAAUUCAGGCACUUUUAUCACUGUUUUGAGAAUGAUGGCCAUUAUGUGUGCCAAUUGUCCAGAUCUUGCACAUGUGUUAUUGGAACAGAACAUUGCUGAAACCUUGUGUUACUUGCUGACAGGCCAACCGGCGGAUAGUUUGAAAGAUGAUAUUGAAUUAACAUCCAGAAGUCCGCAAGAACUUUAUGAAAUAACCUGCCUUAUUGGAGAGCUGAUGCCUCGUCUUCCAUCGGAUGGUUUGUUUGCUGUAGAUGCAUUGCUUGAAAGACCCACCGUAACAUAUAGUGGUACUUAUGACGCAAUCAUGUGGCAAUGGCGUGACGAUAGAACUUUGUGGCAUCCCUAUUCCCCCAUAGACUCGCGUAUAAUUGAGGCUGCUCACCAAGCUGGCGAAGACGAGGUAACUUUGACAACCCUGGGACGUACAUACACAAUUGAUCUCCAUACAAUGCAACAAAUCAAUGAGGACACAGGAACGUCUCGUCCUGUUCAGCGCAGAAUCAACUACAAUGCUCUUUUAGAUAAUGCAGAAAAUAUCAAUAACAACACCCAAAAUAGUAGUAAUGUUACAAGGGAUAACAUUGAUAACAGUGAUUUGGCUGCUGUUUUCAUUCGAAGUCUAUUCAGCGUUCUCUACGAAGUGUACAGCAGCAGUGCAGGACCUGCGGUAAGGUGUAAGUGCUUGCGAGCUCUCUUGCGUAUGGUUUACUAUGCACCACCGCAGUUGCUCCAGGAAGUGCUAAAAAAUCAGGUCGUGUCCAGUCACAUAGCAGGCAUGAUGGCGUCGCAAGACUUGCGGAUUGUGGUCGGAGCUCUUCAGAUGGCUGAAAUCCUCAUGACUAAGCUUCCUAAUGUGUUCGAGAUUCAUUUCACUCGGGAAGGUGUAAUGCACCAAAUUAAGCAACUUGCAGACCCAGGUGUCCCGUUAAGUGCGUCACCACCAAAGUCCACUCCAAGCUCUGAAAGCGCUUUCUUCCCUGGUCCCUCCGGUUCCCAAGCAUCGCCUGCAACUAGUCAAAGUCAAGAGGAGAGUAGUCAAACCACUCGAUCAGCAAGUCCCUCACAGCUUCGAAUUUGUGAUGUGCUUAAACGAAAGCGCACACCACGAAGACAGCUGUCAGGCUCUCGCAAGUCGCGUCAUGAUGAGAGUUCUAUCUCCUCUGCCAUUAUGAUGCAAGACCUGUUUGCCAAAGCCACCACUCUUAGUAAUACGUCAACUAGUAAUGGAAGGAGUGCAACUAGCAGCUCUUCUCGAUCUCGUUUUUCUGGUGCUACAUCCAAAACUAGCAGUUUCCUUGCUUCCCUCAAUCCAGCCAGAUGGGGACGCAGCUCUGAACAUCGACCUUUUAGCAAGGAUUCAAACUUACCAAAAUGUGCAAGUAGUACCAACAUUAGUGCGGGUAACAAGGAGAAAGCUCGGCAGUGGGUGCGUGAGCGAGCCUCCAAAUUUGUCGAAAUGUUCGACAAAGCAAGUACAAAUAUCAAUAACGAUAACUCAACCUCUUCAAUCCUAUCAAGACUCACUCUCGCCAUCAACAAAUUAGACAAUCAAGCUGAAGAUAGUUUAACUGCUUUAGAAGAACUGCGAGACAUCGUCAUAACUUCAGAUAUAUCACCUUUUGAGGUCAAUCAUAGUGGUUUAGUCAAAAGUCUUCUAGAUUUUCUAACACGUGUUGACGAUUCAGUCAUUUGUCGAGAAAAUAGACUCAGGAGAUUCCUCCAUGUUUUCGCCGGAUGUCCGGCUGAUGUUUUGUUCGGCAAUCUGAAUAACCUAGAUGUGACAAGCUUUUCUGCAUUAGUUUCCAAGUUGAAUGGUUGUAUAUCCCAGUUGGAGCAGUUUCCAGUUAAAGUACAUGAUCUUCCUGCGGGCACUGGCUCGACUACUCCCCUCAAAUUCUUCAAUACACAUCAACUCAAAUGUCACCUCCAGCGGCAUCCUAGUUGUACAAAUUUGAAACAAUGGAAGGGUGGAGCAGUGAAAAUAGACCCUUUGGCUCUUGUAGAGGCAAUCGAGCGUUAUCUAGUCAUUCGUGGUUAUAGUCGCAUACGUGACAAAGACGUCGCAGACUCCGACGAUGAUAAUAGUGAUGAAGAUACAGAUGAUACUUCCGCUGCUGUGGUAAUCAGUCAAAGUGCGACGAGACAUAAACUGCAGUUCCUGAUUGGUGAACAUGUUUUGCCGCACAACAUGACAGUUUACCAAGCCAUCAGACAGUUUUCGCCUGUCGUCACCAACACAGAGAAUAGUGAAACUGACACUGAUAAUGAAACUCCUUUGGGUUCUGCUAAUGUAUGGGUUCAAACGCAUACAGUUUAUUACAGGCCUGUUCCUGAAGACCAAGUCUCUAGUAGUAGUAAAACGAAUAUUAAUGUUACAUCUCCACGAAAAGGCAAAGGAACUGGCAGUAAAAGCAAUUCCCGAAGGAAAACAGAUGAUCUAUGGACUGAAGGAGUUGUACCUUCCAAGAAGUCACCUCUAGAAUCAUUUUUAACUGCAAAACUUCCCGAUAAUGUACAAAUUCAAGAUGCCUCUUUGCCCGUUCUCGCUCUUCUACGUGUCUUUCAAGCUUUGAACCGAUAUUGGGGCUCUCUUUACACAACCCUCGAGUACAAGCCAUUAAUACCGCAUCAGGAAUUUAUCAACAACAAAAUCACAGCCAAAGCAAAUCGACAGCUUCAAGACCCGCUAGUCAUUAUGACGGGCAACCUACCGUGUUGGCUCCAGCAAAUUGCAUCGUCUUGUCCGUUCUUGUUUCCAUUCGAAACGAGGCAGCUCCUUUUCCAUGCAAUCUCCUUUGACCGUGAUCGAGCUCUUCAGCGUUUGCUUGACUCCAGUCCUGAGUUGAGCAACUCAACUGACUCUCAAGAACGUGUCACACCACGCCUUGACCGCCGGAAGCGAACCGUGUCGCGCAAUGAUAUCCUAAAGCAAGCAGAGUCUGUGAUUCACGACCUAGCCUCCUCGAAAGCACUUUUAGAGGUCCAAUACGAAGAUGAGGUCGGAACUGGUCUAGGCCCAACAUUAGAAUUCUAUGCUCUUGUAUCAAGAGAACUCCAGAAGAGUGACCUAGAACUUUGGCACAACUCCAGCAAUUCCCAGCCACAUGUCUUCUCGCCAACAGGCUUGUUCCCAGCACCCAUACCUCGCUCUAACAAGUCCACGCAUCUGGUUAAUCUUAAAGCCAAGUUCCGCUUCAUCGCAAAAUUCAUGGCCAAAGCUCUGAUGGAUUCUAGAAUGUUGGACAUUCCCUUCAGUAUAUCGUUCUAUCGCUGGCUCCUUGGACAAGAAGCCUGUCUUACUCUCAGCGAUUUGGCCCAUGUUGCACCAGACAUUUACAAAACUCUGGCUCAACUAGAAAAUAUUGUACAGCAGAAACUUAGAAUAGAAUCAAACACUUCCCUCUCUACAGCUGAACAAACCAAACAGAUCAACUCAUUACAUUUAGACGGUUGCGCAAUUGAAGAUCUAGGCCUUGAUUUCACUCUCCCUGGAUAUUCAUCCAUUGAACUGCGGAAAGGUGGUCGAGAUAUACCAGUCACUAUCCAUAAUGUUGAGCAAUAUAUUAAGCUGGUGACUCAUUGGUAUCUGAAUGAGGGAAUUAGUCGACAGAUGGAGUCAUUUCGCGAAGGCUUUGACUGUGUGUUUCCCCUGGCUAACCUUGCUAUGUUCUACCCCGAAGAGCUUGACGCCGUCUUCUGCGGUUCUAAUUCGCAUAUCAAUUGGGAUAUCAAAACUUUGGCUGAGUGCUGUCGUCCUGACCAUGGCUACACACCAGACAGUCGAGCCAUCAAGCUCCUGUUUGAAAUACUUGCAUCGUAUACUGAACAGGAACAGCGUGAUUUUGUGCAAUUCGUGACAGGUUCACCUCGGCUUCCUGUUGGAGGUUUCAAGGCUCUGUCACCGCCUUUAACGAUUGUUCGAAGGACUUUCGACACAAACUUGUGCGCUGAUGAAUUUUUACCAUCUGUGAUGACUUGCGUGAACUAUCUAAAGCUUCCAGACUACUCUUCGCUGGAAGUGAUGAGGCAAAAGCUGCAAGUUGCUGCCAAAGAAGGCCAACACUCAUUCCACCUCUCGUAGUGUGUUUCUGCCUGGUCUUUCUUAUUCUCCCUCCUACACAACCUCAGUUCCGUUUUAGCAAGGAGAAGAGUGGCGCAGCACUAAUCUAUCAGACUGAGCUAUUCAAUUCAUCUGAAUCUCGCCUAAGGACCGGAACAAGGUUUAAAGCCCCACAAAACUUUUUUGAACGAAACACCAAGUUCUUCCAUUUUUUCAUCAAAGACCAAGCUUUAGUGGUAGGAUACUGCGCUUUAACUACGAUUGAAAGAUUCACUCGCAAUGCUCUCGUAUAAAUUAUGAUUUUUACUGAAUUGUAUCAAGGUGACUUGUAGCAUGAAAAGUCUAACCUUACAUUCACACUGGUGAUCUCGUAUCCAGUGUUGGUAACGCUCCAAAAUUACGAGUUGUUAAUUUACUGGAACCAUCGCAAGGCAAUUUUUCAUUCAAGUUAUGGUCACCACGGGCCCCCUAUAAUCUCCAGUGAUAUUUUUCUUAUUUCUCUUAAAAUACUUUUCUUUUAUCAAUUAGCUUUAAUGCCAACUAUGAGAGCCAGUAAUUUAAGUUCCAUAUUCAGCAUUGCCAAAAGCUACUCGAAUAAUUUCUGAAAUUUCAUGAAAUCCUAGUUCCAAUAUUCAAUUUAUAAAUCCUCACUUGUGUUUCUUUAAAACCUUGUUCAUAUGUAUCAAUCCACUACGAUUCCGACUAAAGUUGAAAAUUAGUUUUGAACGUCACGAAAAUAAGUUAGUCAAAGUCUGAGCUAUGAUACCUCACUCCUCAUGCACUCAGCUUGAAAUGAAAUGGACCACUUUCGGCAAUUCACUUUAUUAUUCCUAAAUAGAUUGAAGUGCCAGAAAUGAGAAUACAAAAAAACAGUAAAACCCGUUUUAAAUCUUACUCUGAAAUAUUAAAACGAUUAAUCAAUUGAAACCAUUAUCGAUCAAUCUAAGAUUUGAAAGGGGUCGAUUAAUACAGUCUCUACUGUUUUUCUCGUAUUUUAAUUUCUGGUGCUUAAGUCUUAUUGAGACUAAUUGAUUCAAUUGGUACUCUCUCAAUUUUUGCCCAUUUCUAAGGGUAGUCAAUUUCAAAUGGAAGUUGAAACAAUUUUUUCCCCUUGUAUCAUUUAAAAAUUUAGUGCAGGUUAUCCCAAGGUCUGAGGCAUUUUGUUGAUUACUCGCUCUGUCUAAACAUUUUCCAGAGAACAAACUCAUUUCAGGCUUUUGGUGAUUGACUGUAAAUUGCACUACAGAAUUUUUUUAUUCAGUGUAAAUUCGCAAUCGAUUUCAACAAGAGAAAUUUUCCUCCAAAAUUUUCCAAUUACCGAGCCCUCAGCUCCAUAAUGCCACUGUUCGUGAUUCAAGCAUUGAUUCAGGUCUUCCCCCUUUUAAGCCAGAUUGUAGGCUGCCAGUAAAGGCAAAAACUUGUGUAACUUUGUGAUGAUUUGAGCAUUCUAUCAAAACCUGAAAAGAAUCAUUAUUAAGCCUGAACCAAAGUCAAUUGGUUUUUGAUUCGUUCUGAAUGGUCCCAAAAACUUCUAACAAGCCGUGGUAGUUCAUCGGAUUUGAAAUAAGUGGCUUGGUAUUCUCUCCAUUUGUCAAAGGAUUGAAAAAAGAUGUGGAAGUAGUUUCAAUAUUGAGCAAGUUUAAGCAGAGUUCAUGUGAGCGUGUGUCACUAUUGUGAACUCAAAGACUGAUUCCUCCUUUCAAGUUGUUGCUAAUUACUCCUUGCCUCAAAUGUUUAUUCCUUGAGGCUAGAUUGAACUUGUGAUCUCUAGAAAUUUGUCUUGUAUUUAAGUGAUAAAUAGUUUUGAAUGAAGCUGAGCAUUGGCAACGAAUGCCGGUUCUGACUGGAUCAUUGCAAUAAUAAUGUAUUUAUUUGAAUUUUCUUUGUUUAUUGUCUAAGUUCCAAUGAAUAUGUUAUUUAUUUAUCGCAAAUUUUUUUUCUCCCUAGUUUCUAAGUACGUAAUAUUAAAUUUUAUUCGUGCACUUUUAUAGUGAUCUGCAUUACCCAUUCGGAGGGUUGUGGAUUUAGUGUUUGAGGGAUUUUUUUGUUUUAUCAUGCCCCCACCCCCCUAAUAAUUAAUUCGAGGAUCAUUUUGAGUUUGUUGCUUGUUGAUGAGAAUUAUGAUUCUUAAUCGAUUCUUUAUUUUAUUCGUUUUUGUGUUUUGAUUUUUAUCUUAUCAACUCCCUCUGUAAGUAUGUCCUGGUCCCAUUUUCUUCCUUUCCCUCCCUCUUUUUUUUCGUUCCAGUAGUCCUGUGAUGGCAAAUUGAAGAACUUGGAAAAUCUGUACACUUGAAAAGUGUUUCUAAGUCCCUCAUCAAGACUCUCCUUUUUACUUUUCGACUUUUUGGUCUAAAUUUUGUACUUUCUUAGAAUUCUUUCUACAAUCCAGUGUGUAUUUAAUCUCAGAAAAUGAAUUCCAAAUACAUCAGAGUCAACUUAUUCUGCAGAACGUCUUUCUUCUCUAAAUUUUAAUCAAACAACAGUAAAUAACAAAUUAUAUAAAUACGUAUGCAUAUAUUUAUAUUUUUUGGAUCAAAUCCAAUCAUGUAUUUCUCAUAAGACUUUCGCCCAGCUUCAGAUGAUUUCGAAGCAAGUUGUCGAAUUCUCUUUUGUUAAUUUAACCACAGGGAUUUUUAGCUCCACUUUGCAUUGCCAGUUCCUUUGAUGGAGUGUCAGUUGAUAAGGGUGCGAGCUAAAAUCUACCCAUGGCAUCUGCCUGCAAGUUAAUGUAUUUUAUUUUGGGUUCAACCAAGAUUCGUCGAACACCUGUUUUUAUGAGCAAGGGUAACUUUGGGCGAAAUCACCUCCUAAUAUUGGAAGAAACCUAAUGAGUUUCGAUAAAUAAUGAGGGAUAACAAUUAUAAGUGCUUUCUGUACGUCCUUGUGGAUCCUAAUGGCAUUAAAAUUAUCAGUCUAGAAAUGCCCAGACUACCAAUCAUAAAACGUCUGUGAACUUGCAAUGUCAUUUUUGUAAAUAGUUGUCCUUUUGGUCAUUCUAAAUCAAACAAUAUCCCUUCAAUUUUUUAAACCAACCACAAAUAACAAUUGAAUUACCUGGAUUAUGUUUUGUUUAUUAUUUUCUAUGUUUCUACAUCUGCCUCCUCCUUUCUAACUGUGAUCUCAAACUAAAUUAACAGUUUGCUCUUGCAAAAUUGGUACUCAUCCUCCACCCUUCCUCGUGACGUGUGAAGUUAUCAGGUUCAGUUAGAAAAAAUCUACCAAUGUAGUAAAAAAAGAAGAAAAAACUCAUCCUUUCACAGUUGUGUGAAGACAAUUGUAACAAACCAUUUGUAAAGAAUACUUUUUGUUAUCAAGAAGAUAUUUGUAAACAGUACUAUUUAAAUGAAUAAAGAAAAAGAAAUAAUUUACUACA